GCUUUAGCCCAAUCACAUUACAGCAAAACCCGAAGGAAAGGACAUUCUCCGAAGUGGUUUCGGAACGGCUCAAGGGCAGAGCUCUCCUCUAAGCCGGUACGAAGCAACCCCAGACCACGUUCAUGUCAGGCAACAUUUUGACUGAACCGCGGGGCAGAGCAGGGAUGUUGAAGCAGUACUGUACUACGGAGAAAGGAGCUGUUACAAUAUCAUCAGCGGACGUUACAGUACUACUUCAACGCGCCCUUGAUCACUGGACCGAUGAAUUGUCCCUUGAUAGACUACCAACUGCUUCAACGGAUCUUGCUACUGGUUCUGUCAUGGCCCGCAACCCUCUGCUUCCACAGCUCUCUGGACUCCCCGCCAACGUGGAUGGAUCUGACAGUUUCUGCAAAUCACAACAGCCGGCAGAAACAAGGUCCAGACAUGCCGCCACCACAGGCUCCAAGCUCUCCCCACAUCCGAGCCACCAGUGGCCAAUGGUGGGGUUGCAGGGGACUUUAUGGGCCUUCGUGGAGGGGAUCUGCGCCAAAGAGGACAAGCUUAAGAACACGAAAUUCAACGUGAACAGAAUUGUCAAAGCUCUGUAUAGUAGAUAAGCAUACCUAAAGGUAUGUCAAAGCUUGAUUUAUGAGUCAAGCAGCUCGAUUGGCAGAGCGAGAGCUUCUGUUGCAACUGGAUGACAUGAAUAGCCUCAAAUCACCAGUAUAAAGAUUCAUACCUCUGAAUUGGGUGUCUCUCAAAACCGUCGAUAGCCCUGACAAAUCAAUCUGGGCUAUCAAUGAUGAAUGCACAACCCCCGGAGCCGACACCAGGUACAAGUACACGCACUUGCAGUCCCUAGGUGGUAAUGUGCCGCAAUAUGACAGGGUCUCAUUGGGACAUCAAACUUGAUCCGCACAUCAGUCUCCAGAGCUUGGACGGUUUCAUCCUUGAGCGACAACUAACCAUUCGGUGUGAUUUGCUAAUAAUGCCGUAUGUAGUAAAAAGACUAUAAUGCUAAUAAUAAUCAAUAAUUUAUCUUAC